AUGCCCGCUUAUAAAAGAGAUGAGACCGGCUCAGAAGUUCCUCCACCGACUAAUCCAACACAUUCUCAAACCGACGAACCGGAAACCGCCAAAGAGGAGUCUCAAAAUGACGCUCCUGCCCUCAGCCCAGUCCCACCUGCCUCCGACGAUCCGAAACUCGAUGAGGUGUCCAAAAACGACCCGCCCGUCCAAGAAAUCCCACCUGCCGACGGACCGGAAGCCAUCAAAGAGGAUAUCCAAAAUGACGCUCCUGCCCUUGGCUCGACCGGUGAAAUCUCACGAGCUGACGGACCUGAAGCCGACAGAGAGAACAUCCAAAAUGACGCUCCUGCCCUCGGCUCGACCAGUGAAAUCUCACGGGGCGACGGAUCUGAAGCCAACAAAGAGGAUAUCCAAAAUGACGCUCCUGCCCUCGGCUCGACCGGUGAAAUCUCACGAGCUGACGGACCUGAAGCCGACAGAGAGAACAUCCAAAAUGACGCUCCUGCCCUCGGCUCGACCAGUGAAAUCUCACGGGGCGACGGAUCUGAAGCCAACAANCAAAAUGACGCUCCUGCCCUCGGCUCAACCGGAGAAAUCUCACGGGCGGACCGACCGGAAGCCGUCGAAGAGAAUAUCCAAAAUGACGCUCCCGCCCUCAGCUCGACCGGAGAAAUCUCACGUGCCGACGGACCGGAAGCCAUCGAAGAGGAUAUUCAAAAUGACGCUCCUGCCCUCGGCUCGACCGCAGAAAUUUCACCCGCCGACGACUCCUCCAAACAACUCCACCCUCUCGGAAGUGAUUCCGCACAAACCUCCGCCAAAAUGGACGACCACCCGAAGACACCAAAUUCAGAUCCGAAAACUCCGAGAGGAGACACGUUUUGGAAGAAGCUCAGAAUUUUCCUCCCCAAAUUCCGCAAACCAUCACAACAGUCCAAACCGGACGAUGAUGAAAGCGUCGACGAAUUAGGAUCCCCUUCCAAGCUGAUAAAGGCAAUCGAUGAAGACAUAAACUUUAGCAAAACGGGCGACGAGAUGCUCAAGGAGUACCAAUUAAAGCUCAAGAAAUUACGUGUUGAUUGCGAGAAGACAAACCUGUCCACUGAAGAUAUCUCCAAGUUGAAGAAAGAUCUCAUCAAAUUGAGGCUUCAGAUUCCUCUCAAGCACAGAAAAGCCGAUGCCGAAGGUUAUCUCAAGAAUCUGAAGUUGGACUCCACAGCCAAAGCGAGCACCAGUCGAGAAGUGCUCGAAAAAAUGCAGCUGCACGGGAACUCAAUUUUCGAAAGCAGCCCGGAGUUCAAAGAUUUCGAAUCCCGUUACAAUGAGCUCGAGAGCAAGCUGAAGCUUUGUUUGCUGUGCUUUUCGGUUUUCCCUGAAAAAACCGUCAUCAAGAAGAGAAUGAUGGUGCUGUGGUGGAUUGCCGAGGGCUAUGCAUCUGAAAGCAACGCCAACGACUACUUUCUCGAGCUAAUCGAGAAGGGCUUUAUCGAGCCUGUGAACGAAAACAAAAGCCUGCACGUGGGUAGUUGCCGAAUGCACCCUUUUUACCGAUCGGCAUUGGGAGUGCUUGCAAAGAGAACCGGGUUCUUGAACUUCGACCUGAAAGGGGAACCCACCCAGAAUUUCGUGAGGUCAUGCCAGGCGUGUUUGGUCGGGGAAGGACUGAUUUCGUAUGACGAUCUGAAAAACGAGUCGAUGAAAGUCGAGGAUUUGAAGAAAGUCCAUCUGCUGAUCAACAUCAACGAGUCCAUUCUCGAGUUCAAAAAGGGCUGGUUUGGGAAGAUGGAAAAUAUCAACUUUCUGUACUUGGGAAGAUGGAGCUCGUUGGACACGGACCACCGGGAAGUCGAGGACACCGAUUUUCUAAAAGAUGAGCUGCACAACAUGAAUUCCCUUAAAUUUCUCAGCCUUCAGGGUGUUUCCAAUGUGAUCGAUCUCCCUGAUUCGGUUCUGAAGCUGGCAAACCUCGAAAUUCUUGAUAUACGAGCUUGCCCAAACCUUGAGACAAUCCCUAAGAGAAUAUCGAUGCUCAAGUGGUUGACUCACCUGGACAUGUCCGAGUGUUAUUUGCUCGAGCAAAUGCCGAAAGCUCUUUCAACCCUCAAGGACCUGAGAGUGCUUAAAGGGUUCGUCGUGGGCAACGAGCCAGGGAAAAACAAAAACCCGUGCACUCUAGACGAUCUCAAGGAUCUGGAAAAGCUGAUCAAAUUGUGCAUCUACACUGGUUUGAAAAACUUCCCUGAUGAGAAAGAUGUCGAAGCUUUGGGAAACUUGACGGGCCUUCUCAAGCUGACGAUUACAUGGGGAGGGAAUGCUUUUAAGAAUAAUGAAGAUGAAGUGAGGCCCGAGAGCAAGAAUAGGGACAGAAUGAUCAAAAUAAUCGGGCUUCCUCCGAAUCUUGAGAAACUCGAUCUCAGGUAUUUUCCCACGUCGAUUACUCCGUUUUGGCUGGAGCUUAAAAAUAUGAAGGAACUGAAGAAACUGAGGAGGCUUUACAUCAGGGCUGGGAGAUUUUCGGAUAUUGGUCAGUAUCAGGACAGCUGUGAUUGGAACUGGCCGCUCAAGAAGGACACGUGGGAGGUGGAGGAGCUUCGUCUUAGGUAUUUGCCCGAGAUAGAGAUGGAGUGGAGACAGUUGCAGGAAUUGUUUCCUAAUUUGGUUUACCUGGAGCAAGUUCGCUGCCCGAGACUGACUUUGUUCCCCUGUGAUGCAAAUGGGGUGUGGAUGAAGAAAAAAAUUGAAUAA